UGCAGAUGUUCCAGAGCAAGCAAUAUACUGAUCCUGAGCUGCCAUUCAGAAGAGCAGGCAGUACGGAGCUGCAGCCCAUGACCAGAGAGCACUUCUUGCAGUAUUACUGCUGCUUCACCCUGGACCCAAACACUGCAAACAGAAAACUCCGCCUGUCUGAGGGGAACAGGAGGGUGGAGCUGCGAGAUGAGACGCUCCAGUCAUAUCCAGAUCAUCCCGAGAGAUUCCAUGACAGUUGGUGUCAGGUGCUGUGUAGAGAGGGUGUGCCUUGCCCUGCACGCUGUUAUUUUGAAGCUGAGUGGAGUGGUGAGUGGGCGAAUAUAGCCGUGUCGUAUCAAACCAUUGGCAGGAAAAGAAACCUUAAUGAUUGCCGUUUUGGAAACAAUGACAAGUCCUGGAGACUAACGGUCAACCCCUUUGAGACCUUUUUCUACCACAAUAAUGACCGCACUGACCUCCCUCUAGUGGCCAGUCCCAGAGUAGGAGUGUAUGUGGACCACAGGGCAGGGACUCUGGCCUUCUACAGCAUCUCUGACACCAUGACGCUCCUGCACAAAGUCCAGACCACAUUCUAUCAAACACUGUAUCCUGGAUUUUGGUUAGGAGCGAGAUCAUCAGCUAAGCUCUUGUGACUCACAUGCAUGUAGCACAUCUGGGCUGUGUGGAUCCAUGUGUGUUGUUAUACGUGUAUGCACAUGACAUCACAUCUCAUCACCACAAGUUAUGACUGGGAGCCUUGGUAACAUUUUUACCAGGGCGUAUUUGACUAUACAGAUUGUUUUCUUUAUUAGGCGGGAUAAUGACCACCGCCCAGUGUUUGAGCACAUUCAAUAUCUUAAGUCACCUGUCUGCAUCAG